AUGGCUUCCAACUCCAACAUAUCCAGCAUGAGGCGCCUGGUGGAGCAGCUCAAGCUAGAGGCCAGUGUGGAGAGGAUCAAGGUUUCUCAGGCGGCCGCCGAGCUGCAGCAGUACUGUUUGCAGAACGCGGAGAACCCCGCUCCUGCUCCAUCGUGUGAGCUGCGUCUGCUGCUCAAGAAAGACGAUAAUGAUAGUGGAGUCUCUACUGUAUGUUUGUUCUGA